AUGGACCUGUACCAGUAUUACAUCUACGAGAAUGCCGAUCAACGAACUAAGGACUGGUUUCUGGCGGGGUCACCGUUUCCAAUUAUAGCCAUCAUAAUUUGCUACUUGGCGUUGGUGUACUACAUAGUUCCUAGAUAUAUGAAAAACCGAGAAGCAUACCAGCUGAAGACAUUUAUGGGAUUCUACAACCUGUUCCAGGUGCUGUACUGUGUGUUCCUGAUUGCAAAUCUAGUGAAAGCCGGCUGGAGGCCAUACUUUUUCUAUCGAUGCGUCGAAACCGACUACUCCAACGAACCGAACGCGAUGCGAAUGGUGGAAACCACCUGGUACCUGCUCAUGAUCAAACUGUUCGAACUGCUCGAGACGGUCCUGUUCGUGCUGCGCAAGAAACAGAACCAGGUGUCGGUACUGCACGUGUACCAUCACAUAAGCACGUUUGUGAUAGCGUACAUCUACACUAAAUAUAUUGGAGGAAGCAUGCUUACGUUCUCCAUCGUGGCGAACUGUGUCGUGCACAUCAUCAUGUACUCGUAUUAUUUCAUGUCCGCGUACGAUGUGCCCCUGUUCAAAUUCCUCGUGUCAAAGUACAAAAAAUACAUCACAAAAAUUCAACUGAUCCAGUUCUGUCUGAUGAUGGUAAACAAUCUGCUCGGACUCAAUCCCCACUGUAACGUGUCCAAACCGUUCCUGGCAAUGUACAUACCGAACAUCCUUAUCCUGACCUAUCUGUUCUACGAUUUCUACAAGAAAUCCUACAGCAAAUCCAAAGCCGGCAAGGUGAAACAAUAAGUGAAG